AUGACUGCUGUUGCUCCUUUGGAGAUUCGGAUCUUUUCUGAACUUGUGAACAAGACGAGGGUGGUUGAGGAGUGUGCAAAGAAAGUAGCAACGUCAAGAAACACUCGUGGAGAAAACAAUAACCGUGGGCGCGGAAAAUACUUUCCACCAAGGAGCCAAAAUUUUAAGAGAGGAGGAUAUGCACAUCAAAGUCAAGGAGGCCUCAGAAGGAACGGUUAUGAUCAGUACCGUCCGGUCAGAGGUAGAGGUAAUCAGAGUAAGGCUUCUCUAGAUUCAAUUUGUAACUGUUGCAGGCAUUAUUAUCUUUCGAAUGACUCGUGCAAGUUGGGUAUAGGUGGAUGCUUUACCUGUGGAAUACCUGGACCUAUAGCGAGGGAUUGCCCUCGUAGAAAGACUCCGAAUGCGGGUCAGAACCAACAAGGUCGGGUGUUUGUUGUGAUCACCCAGGAUGCUGCAAAGGCGGAUCCUCUGAUGAGAGGUAACUGCUUAAUUAGUGAUAAAAUUCUGGUUGCAUUGUAUGAUACUGGAGCUUCGCAUUCGUUUAUUUCAUUUGAUAAGGUUGACGAAGUAGGAUUGAAAGUGUCAAAAUUAUCAUUUGAUUUGCAUGUGCACACCCCGUAUCAAACAGUUGUGACAGGGUCAAGUUGUAGGCAAGUAGGUUUCAAGCUUAAGAAUAGAAAAUUUGUUCAUGAAUUAAUCUAUUUUCCAAUGGUUGGGUUGGAGAUGAUUUUGGAAUUUGAUUGGUUGUCAAAGAAUCGGGUUUUGUUUGAUUGCUUUGAGUGA